GCAUGGAAGUAUAGUUUUAUCAAUUCUCAACGUUGCGACAGAAAAUCAAGUUUAGACGUCACCGGUCGAUGGUCUUGAGUAGCUUGUGUGCAUCGUGACCAUAGAUAUCUCUCUUUCAAAAAAGCCAAGAUGUCGAAGAGAGGACGUGGUGGAUCAGCCGGAGCCAAAUUCAGGAUAUCUUUGGGUCUACCAGUAGGUGCAGUUAUUAAUUGCGCAGAUAAUACUGGUGCCAAAAAUCUGUAUGUCAUUGCAGUACAGGGAAUUAAGGGCAGGUUGAACCGUCUUCCAGCGGCUGGUUCUGGUGAUAUGAUCGUAGCCACUGUGAAGAAGGGAAAACCUGAGCUCAGGAAAAAGGUGAUGCCGGCGGUCGUGAUACGACAACGGAAACCGUUUCGCAGGAAGGAUGGGGUAUUUAUAUACUUCGAGGACAAUGCCGGUGUAAUAGUCAACAACAAAGGUGAAAUGAAAGGAUCGGCUAUUACGGGACCUGUUGCGAAGGAAUGUGCAGAUUUGUGGCCAAGGAUCGCAUCUAACGCCAGCAGCAUAGCAUAAUCCAUUCUGUCUAAUUCUAUUGUCCUUUACAAAAUAAAUCUGAGCAUUUGUUCAGUA